UUUGGUCAUGCAUCUUGUCCACUUUGCCCAAGUAUAGCAAGUCUGAUAAAAGUCUGGGACCAAAUCAAAUCCAUUUGGUUCAAAUGCUAGUACUCGCCAAUCCAUUCACCUGUCGCAACAAGAGCCUUGGGCAGAGCUUGACAUAGAGAAGCAAAGGUACGUAAGAGCCAGCAAAAAUGGGCACAAAAUUUCAAGUCGCACCCUUAUACGUCUGCCUAGCAACACUGACGCUGGUAAGGAUCAUUGAAGCCGGUGGAAUCGCCAUCUACUGGGGCCAAAACGGCUUCGAGGGAACCCUCAACCAAACAUGCGACACCGGCAGAUAUUCCUACGUAAACAUAGCCUUCCUCAUCAAAUUUGGCAAUGGCCAAACCCCCGAAAUCAACCUUGCAGGGCAUUGCAAUCCAGCAACCAAUGGUUGCAUCAUUCUUGCCAGUGAAAUUAAGCAUUGCCAAGAGUUAGGAAUUAAGGUGAUGCUCUCCAUUGGCGGUGGCGUCGGAAACUACUCCAUAGCUUCUCGAAAGGAUGCCAAGCGAGUAGCACGUUAUCUGUGGAGCAACUUCUUGGGUGGACAUUCAUCUUCUCGUCCCCUAGGCGAUGCAGUAUUGGACGGCAUUGACUUUGACAUAGAGCUUGGCUCAACGCAACACUGGGAAGAUCUUGCUCGUUAUUUGUUGGGUUACAGCAAGCGAGGAAGAAGAAAGGUGUAUCUAACAGCAGCUCCUCAAUGCCCAUUCCCUGACAGGUUUCUUGGGACUGCCCUUAACACAGGGCUCUUUGACUACGUUUGGGUGCAAUUCUAUAAUAAUGCACCUUGUCAAUAUAGUUCAGGGAAUGCCACCAACCUCAUAAAUUCUUGGAACCGAUGGAUUACGUCAGUAAAGGCAAGGAAAAUAUUUUUGGGGUUACCGGCGGCUCCGGAUGCUGCCGGAAGUGGGUAUAUUCCUCCUGAUGUGUUGACUUCUGAAAUCCUUCCGGUGAUUAAGAGGUCGCCGAAGUAUGGAGGAGUAAUGCUUUGGUCCAAGUUUUACGACGAUGAGAGUGGGUAUAGUUCAUCCAUUAAGCCAAGCGUAUGAUGUUUAAGGAAACUGGGUAUUAGAUAUGUUUUGAUAAUAAAGUGAAACGUAUGUCUCCUUUCAUUUCAUGAUUUUCUGAUUAGAGGUUAAUUGUUUUUUUAAGUUUUUCCCUUAACUGGCUUACGUAUGUAAUUGUGAUAUGUUUAAAUUAAUAUAUAUUAUAAUUUAUGCU